UUGCCAGCAGCCAAUCAUUUCCUGUUAGUGCUCAUUAGCCGGCUAGGGUGAAGCUCCACAGCCAGUUGAUCUUGCUCAUCCUCUUCAACUCCUCUACCCCCCCCCUUCUUUUCUACUCUCUUCACGAUUUUCAUCGUCGUUGCGAUCGUUGUUGUAGUCGUUGUUGCUUUGUCGGUUCAGAGAGCCCAUUCGUUUGGCUUCGUCCUCUCCCUCAUUCAAUCAUUAUCAUUCGCUCUUUACCAUUUUUGGUUUCAACUUCACUCUUUUUAGUUGAUUCCGUCCGGUCCUUCUCUUCUGGAGUUCUCCGAAGUCUCGAGACCCUCACUCUCCCUUACCUGAGCCAUUCAUUCAUUAUUCUCUCCUGAGCCGACCAAACCAAACUCCCUUGACGCCCAACGAUCAACAAUUAAUCAACAACCAUCUCUAUUAUUACAAGAUCAGCAACAGCUAGCGUCAAUAUGUCUACAUUCAGCAACCUUAUUUCCCGUGGCAACGCCGUCCUUUCUGGGCGCGACCUCAACAUGGGAGGAGAGUCUGACACUGUUGUCAACUUGAUGAUUACUUUCCUUGGCAUCGCUUUUUUCGCCCUCGUUAUGGUGGCCCUGCUAGUAAUGCUUCGACGAGCCAAGCGCGAGCGACGGCAACAGGAGGAGACCCUACCACAAUAUAACGAUAUCAAACAUGACGACUACAACACCCGUCGUCUGACCAUCCAGACCGCUGACGGCCGAUCAAGUAUUCUGGUUGUUAACGGUCGUCCUAUGUUGGCCGAUCCCAGCGCACCCCCCUACUCUCCCACCAACAUCCCUGAGAUUCACAUCACCUUCCCCGACGAGCAAGACGAGCAGGGCCACAACAAGAGCGGUCGUGUCGUCGUUGUACGUGUAGGCGAGACCUCCGUCGGUCUUGAGCCCGUCAAGGAGGAGCAAUUACCAGCCUACGAGAAGGAAAGCAAGUCCGGCUUCUACUCGAUCGAUAUGGACCAAAUCGGUGGUCUUAAAGAGAAAGAUCGAUCCCAAUUCUCCUGAGCGACAACUAAUAUGAUCUUCCCGCCGGGACCCUUGCGAAGAUCAGAACAAGUCGAAAAAACUUAAUUGAUUCAAACCCGGCUUAUUAGUAUAUAUGAUGGAGGAGUAUGGAUGAUAUAUAUACAUAUGCAUGAAUAAUGGUGUACCUAUAUAAAGCAAAUGUUUCUACGCCUUCCUUCUGACCGCCUCUCGAACGAGGCGAGGAAGUAAGAAGGACGGACCGACCCGGGCAGUGGAAAGCGAGCUUGGAUAGCCAAUCUCACGGUUUAUCCGGGCAGGGCUUUUGGUACAUGCCGGUCCUGCAUAUAACGAUACCCUUUGCUUUUUGUCUUCCCUUCUUCCGAGGCCCUCACAGGACAAAUUUAGCCUUCUAGUACGAGGGGCAAAAGCAAGGCCACUAGACGCGGUAUAUAUUCUCAAUUGUAUAGCUAAAUUAAUUCCAUCGUACAAGCCAACU